UUCACAACAAGCAGCACAAAAUUUUAAAGAUUUUAAUUUUAAUUUAUUUUAAGCACUUUAAGACGACGACCAAGUUUAGAAAAUUUACUAACCUUUACUGUGAUGUGUAAUUGACUAAAAACAUAUGGGCAAUAGCUGUAAAUAUCAAUUUAAAUGUAAUAAUUUGACAGAAAAACAAUUCACUUAUUAACAAUUCAUCAACAAAUGAAAAAAUAAUAAAACAAGCGGAAGAGAAGAAAAAAAAAAUCAACAUUGGAAUUUAAUAUAAAAUGUAUCUCACACAAAAUGCUCAAAUACUGUCUGAGCACAUGCCAUGGAAUCAUGAGAAUCAACUCGACAAACUGUCAGACAAAAAUCCAAUGAAGAAAUGGUCUACACAAGUAGGAUCUGAGGUAUCAGAUCAGAUUCAGCAUCUGUGUGCGCAGUUUUUCAAAGAUAAGCUAAGACGAGAAGGUUUAUUGUCUAGGAAUGUUUCAAUAUUAAUAGAAGUACAUCCAGCGAAGGCCUUUCAUAUCCGUAAUAUCUUAAUGAUUUUCAAUAGAAUGGCAUUGGAAUUAGAAAGAAUGCAUCCGAGGACGUUUGCGAAUAUAUCAGUCGUACCUGAAGAGGCACCUGACUUACUUGAGAGCAUUGGAAAGACACUGUUUAGACAAGAGGAGAUUACUUGGGGAAAAAUUAUCAGUUUCUUAACACUUGCUUCUGCAUUCAUUGUUGAUUGUGUUAAAAAUGGACAGCAUGAUUAUAUACAGCCGCUAAUUAAUGAAACGUGCUUAAUCCUCAAUGAAGAAGCCGGCGUUUGGAUAGAAUCUCAAGGCGGUUUAAAUUCGUUAAUUGAACAUAUUAAGCCUGUUAGAUCUGAUCAUAUUUCCGUCAUGGGUUUAAUGGAAGUACUUGUUGGAUUCCUUGUCAUAACCCAUUGGUCAUGGAAUAUUGUAAAGUUUUUAGGUGCUCAAAUUUCAAACUACUUGUGAUUAAUCCUUUUGUUAUUAACAAAUCUCUUUUGUUAAAUUUCUGUACUUUUAAUUGCAUACUUAAUAUUAAUUUUUUUUAAUGGUGGUGUAAUAAAUUCAUCAGGCGCGUUUUUGUACUAUAAAAUGGUUAAAAGUCUUGUGCAGUUU